CCAGCCCACAUCUACCUUGCCGCCAGGAACGAGGCCAAAGCCCUGGCCGCGAUCGAGGACAUCAAGAAGGCAGUACCGAAAGCAGCUCCAAUCACCUUCUUGGAGAUCGACUUGACGUCGUUCGAGAGCAUCAAACGAGCUGCGAACGAGUUCCGCUCCAAGUCGGAGACCCUGCACAUUCUCGUCAACAACGCAGGCAUCAUGGCGUGGCCGCCCAGCACGACCAAGGAGGGCUACGAGAUCCAGUUCGGCACAAACCACAUGGGCCAUGCUCUCUUGACCAAACUGCUGCUGCCCACCUUGCAGCACACUGCCCAAACGAGCCCUGAUAAGGACGUGCGCAUUGUCUCACUCUCCUCGGUGGGGGAGAAUUGGGUUCCGAGUGACCUUUACAACUUUGACGACCUCAAAACCGAUAUGGCAUCCACGGGGACCUGGGCCCGCUACGGCGCCUCCAAGGUUGCCAAUAUUCACCACUCCAGGGCUCUCGCCAAGCGAUACCCUGAGAUUCGCUGCAUAUCUGUGCACCCGGGAAGUGUGAACACGAACCUCACCAGCGGCCUUGAAGCCAGCUGGCCGCUGAUCAAACCAAUCUUGGGUAUCUUUGCACCGCUCGUCUUAUCUUCUGUCGCCGAUGGGGCCAAGAACCAGAUCUGGGCCUCGGUUAGCCCGGAUGCUGAAAGCGGCGUGUUUUACUGGCCGGUGGGCGUCAAGGGAAGGGAUUCCAAGCAUGCGAAGAACGAAGAGCUUAGCGAGAAGCUGUGGGAGUGGACUGAGAAAGAGCUGGAAGCCUACACUUGA